AUGGCAGCCACAUUAUUUGAUAUGGCACAACGUGCUUGUAUCAGAAAUGUUAUGGACAUGUACGACGUUGGCGACCUGCGGUAUGAGAUAAUCAGACCUGUCCUCAAGAACGUCACUAAUCCAGCACAACUCCUUCAAGUGACACGACCAAAGAAUCCUUCUUCGUGGUGGAAGGUAUAUCGCAAACUCAAGAGAGAGGACGAAGCGGAAACACGCGAGGCAGAAGACAGGUUGAAGGCUGCUCUUAAUAGACACAAGGUCGACAAGGGAGCCAAGCAGACCAACAUCGUACAUGCCGUCAUACCCUCAGGCGAGAGACGUUCUGGCUGGAGUUCAGGGCCGCGCGAGAAGCCGUUUGGCGAGCAGGCCAUGAAGAACGCGAAGACGACUGCUCAGAAACUCGCCGUCCUCAAGCGUCAAACCGUACAAAGACAAGCAGGUCGCAGUGUCGCUCAGUCUGUCCCUAUGCAUCAACUGUCCCAACUCAGAGGCAAGGUCACUGAAGCGCCCGCUCACAUGAUUCGAAAUUAUACUCAAAAACCUGGCCCAUCGAGACCACCUCCGGCUUUACCUCAAAGUCAGGCAUACCGACCGGUUUUCGCUCGCCAACCACAGACCUAUGCUGAUCGUGCUCUGACUACUGCUAUCAACAAGACCAAACAAGAACAAGAAGCUAGAGAGAAAAGAUUACUGGCUUUGACCAGUGGCUCGUCAGCAAACAAGCCCAGGCCUGCUGCUGCCUCUGCUCCUGCUGCUGCUGCACCGUCAACACAAAGAUCUUCGACGACAUCAGCGCCACCACGGAGGUCAUCACCAGUGCAGACAUCAUCAAAUCCCACGUUAGCAAGGAAACGUCCUGCAUAUGAUCCAUUNUUGCCCGCUCAGAAGAGACGAGCUUAA